CUGUGAACCUGUGAGACAUCUUCCGCCCUUGACUGACUGCAGGACGAGCAGAGGGAGCCUCUGGAGGGACGUCAAGGGACGACUGUGGUGAUAAAGUUGUGAGAGUUGGCACUGAGGUAGAAUUAUCAUGUGUGCAUCUCGGCUGGUUCUGCUGAUGGGGCUGCUUCUCUGUGUGGGGGCUCAGCUGUCCAGCGGCCAGCACUGGUCCCAUGGUUGGUACCCGGGAGGCAAGAGGGAGCUGGACUCUUUUGGCACAUCAGAGAUUUCAGAGGAGAUAAAGCUGUGUGAGGCCGGGGAAUGCAGCUACUUGAGACCCCAGAGGAGGAACAUUCUCAGGAACAUUCUUUUGGAUGCUUUGGCCAGAGAGCUCCAGAAGAGAAAGUGACAGUUUCCCACAAUGCACUGCUUUUCUACCUGGUGACCUCUUCAUCAGUGUAUUCGUCUUGUCGUGGAACUUUAGGUUGAUCCUCUGAUCUUGUAUAUUUGUCAGUAAAUUUGUUUUCCAGCUUCACAUUGAUUUUACUUGUUAAAAUGAUAAU